CUGGUGACAAGAGUAAAUUUAACGCCAUUUGUAGAGAGAAGGGAUAGUUUGUUACAAUCCUUCACCAUCCUUCCGUAGUGUGAGCCUUUCUGUAGGCUAACACCAUGAGUGGAGGCAUUCCAUAUCUUGGCAGUAAAAUUAGCUUAAUAUCUAAAGCCGAAAUUAGAUAUGAAGGCAUAUUGUACACCAUCGAUCCAAACGAAUCGACGGUUGCUCUUGCCAAAGUGAGAUCAUUUGGUACAGAAGAUCGUCCUACAGAUCGCCCUGUACCGCCUCGUGAUGAAAUCUUCGAAUACAUCAUCUUCCGUGGGAGUGACAUCAAGGACUUGCAUGUUUGUGAACCUCCAAAAACUCAACCAUUGCAAGGAGUGCCACAUGAUCCAGCCAUAGUUAAGUCUUCUCAGGCACAAGGUCAAAAUGUUCAGCACCAAGCCCCGCAGAGUUUCCCUGGACAGCCAAAUUACCAGCAGUAUGGACCGCCACCUCCAAUGUAUGGACACCCCCAUUACAGCCAGGCUCCAGGAGCUGCACCACCACCACCACCACCACCUGCAGCAUUUGGAAGUCUUCCACCUCAAGGGGGUCCAGGUUCUCGUGGCCCCUCGCCUAUUAGGCAUCGUGUGUCCCCGACAGUGGAUCAGGGGGUACAAGUGGGUCCCCAGCAGUUGACCAAGAGACCGGGAUCACGAGGAGCAACACCACCGCCAAACCGCAAGUCGCCCACAUCCGACCAAGGUACGCAAGUGUCAUCAACGGGCAGCAUUUCCAGCAAUGAUAAGGGUCCAGUAACCGAAGCACCACAUUCACAGCACACCAAUAGGCACGGUCAUCAACACGAUCAGAAGAACGAACGUGUCCAUCCAUCACAACGGCAAAACAAACCUGUCUCUACAACAUACUCCAGAGGACGAAGUAGCAAUAGGGGAGGUGCACCUACACAUCCAAACCGAGGUGGUGGAGGUGGAGGUGGAGGUGGGCGAGAUGGCAGUGUUGGGCAGCAGUACAGGGGUAGUCCUAGGGGAGGUCCCAGAGGAAUGCCACGGAGUGCUGGCAACCGGAACAGGGGAGGCCAACAACGAACUCCACUCAAAUUCGAAGGCGAAUUUGAUUUUGAGAGUUCUAAUGCUCAGUUUGAUAAAGAAAAAAUUGAGGAAGAGCUUAAACAGAAGCUAACCAUUAGUGAUGAAAAAGUUGUAAAUGGAGAAAAAGAGAAAGAAGGGGAAGAAGAACCCAAUGAAGCUGUUGAGCCAGAGCCAGAGGAAGUGUUUUACGACAAGAACAAAUCAUUUUUUGACAAAAUCAGCUGUGAAGCAAGUGAAAGGGCUAAAGGCAGCAAUACCAAAAUGAGUUGGCGAGAUGAACGAAAAUUGAAUGUGGAAACGUUUGGUGUAGCAGAUAGUUGGCGAAGGAAUUGGCGAGGUAGAGGUGGUUACCGUGGCAACCCACGAGGAGGAUUUCGAGGUCGGGGCAGAGGGGGCUGGGGAGGUUCAAACCAAGGUUACGGUGAUUUUAACCAAGGAUACGGUGGUUUCAGAGGUGGAAGAGGUGGUUAUGCAAGGGGUGGACGGCGAAAUCAGGGUUGGGUUAAUUAUGAUUAUGAUUCAUCUAGAGGUCCACCAUCAAACAGAAAUAGUGAGAGAGUUGGUGUCAAAUCUUAAAGCCUGCCCAAAAUCUGUUACCUGAAAGUUUGAAAGGUGGCAUUUGCUUGGUUUUUGUUCCAGAGAUGGAAUGUGACCUGGUUGAUUACUGGUGUUACUGGCAGUAUUGACAGUGGCUAGUUAUUAAUUCACAUGUCGUCGUGACCAACAUUUCAUUAUCGUCCCAGUGUUACGUAUGUUGUACUUUUAACGGAUAUUGAGCACUGAUAAGUAGUGUUGUGCGACAUCCUAGCACCAGUGAUGAAGGUAUUUUGGAAAACCUAGAACCAGUGAUAGUUUGCAAGGAUUGCCACGCAAAUUCAGUUGUUGGUACAUGGGGGGGAAAAAAAAAUCCUGCCAUUUGUGCCCUUGCAUUGUUGAAAAUGACUUCAUUGUUUGUGUAAAUGAAGGACAGAUGUUGUCACCUGAAUAAGAAAAUUUAGUAAGAGUGGCAAUUUUCUGUGGUGGACUUUCCAAAGAUGUAUUUUUGUUUCUUAUAGAAUGCAAAAAAAAAAAAAAAAAAAAAAAAAAACCCACUGAAGUUUUGGAUUUAUUGCAUGACUUGCAAGAUUAUUUUUUUAUGGAAAGCAGAAGUUCCUAGCUCGUUGUGUUAGCUUACAUAAAUGAGAAGUGACAAUUUUUUGUUUGAUUUUUCUUGCCUCGAAUCUACUUCAUGCAAGUCGUGAUGAUCAAAAGUGAAAAGUGCUUUACAUUUCAUGUGCUGCAUUCUGUUUUCUUGUUAACACUUGAUGCCCAAUAGUUGUCUUUUUACAAGACAUUAUUUGUUUAUUUUUUGCUGUUGGAAUUUGUAGCACUAAAUGUACCAAAUGCAUGUUAACGCAGAGGUUUGAUGUUGGUCACAUGUAGAAGACUUCGGAGAAUGUUGGAUGCAUUUAGAUUUACACAUGUUGAGCAGACAAAUUUAAAAUCUAGUAAUUUUCAAGAGAGAAUAAAUUACAAGUGCUGAAAUAUCUUUAUUUUCUUAGACAAUUAUGAUUUAUUUCUUAGCAUUCUAAAUGUUUGACAACGUUACUUAAACGUGCAUUGACCUGCCAUGAUCUGUAGUCACUUGUAUUGUCUUGGUGUCUACUUGCAGGGGCCAUCUAUAUUUUCCAGUAACGUGUCUGUGGUUGGUAUGCAUUUGACUUGGUAAGGGGGUUUAUUUAAUCUUUGCACAUUAACUAAUUGUGAAAUUAAUUGUUGUUCCUGAUCUGUUACCUGCAGGAAUCUCCAGGUUUUUUUGUUGCUCGGGUAUUACCAUUAUACAUCAUAAGAACACUUACUGGGGGAUUUUUCUUCUUUUUUUUGGAAUUUUUUUAAACUGUUAAAACUAAAAAAAAUUGUUUUAUUGUAACGACUAAUUUGCAUCUUGAUCAGUUUACUUCAGUAAUCUACAGUGUGUUUCAAUCAUUAUGGUUUGAUGCAAGAAAUUACUCUUGUGCAAAAUGAUUUUCUUGUGGGUGAAAAACUGCUCACUUUGUCACACAUUGAUGGCGCUAAUUUAUUUACUCAAAAUUACUGUGAAUAUGUAUACUAAAAGCAAUUACUCUCCUACAUAAUUUCAGGAGGGCAGUUUUAGUACUCGCCAUAGACUUUGAAACCAUAAGCACUGGUGUUUUUAGUGCUGGGAUGUGGUCGUCCUCUAUAUGCUUGGUCUACUGAAAUAACUGGUGAUGCUGAUUUAAAUAUAAAAUUGGAUGCUCCUAGAUGAUGACCUACCAUCCAUUGAAAGCAUCAAAAAGCAUCAAAAUUCACUGCUUUAAAGCAGAUGUUCUCUGUGACGUACAAGUUAACGAAGAGAAAAGGCCAUAAAUAUGCUUUAGUUGAGAAAGACAUUUAAUAAAAUAUUUCAAACCUGGUUGUGACUAAUGUAAGAAAAAGUAGAAUACUACAUUCAUGUCCAUUGGAUAACAUUUAUCUAUUCAUUUUAAAUCUAUUUCACUCGUCAGAUAAAUCUCUUGUUCCAACCAGUGCACCACAACUAAUGAAAGGCUGUGGUAUGUGCUUUCCCGUCUGUGGGAAUGUUAAGAAAUAAUGUGACAAGACUUUCUUUCUUUUUUUUCUUGAAAAAUUUCAUUUUAUGCUUUACACAAGGAUGUUUUGACUUGUUUAAUGCUUAUUUAUAAAGGAGAAAUACAAAACAAAUAGUUGUACCAAAAAAAUGUAUAAUUGGACAAAGUGCUAGUCAAUUUUUUUAUGGCAAAGUUAGUAGCUAUGUAAUGUGAAUGGGAUGAAUUGGAUGUUGCUUUUGAUCUAAACCAGUUGUAACAAUGUUUUAGCUUAAUGUGUCCAUAUUUUAGACUAUGCAGUAGUAUUAAAGAUAGUUAUGCCAUGAUUCAUUAAAGGCAGGUUUUUAUAUAUAUAAAAAUCAAGGACAGAUGACAAUGAUUUACAUGACACAUUUCAGAUGUUCAGGAUGCAAUUUUUGUUUUUAAAAUUCAAACUUGUGGGGUCAAAUUAAAGUGGAAUAAUUAAAAUUGGUCACUUUUAAUUAUUGGUCAAUGAAGGAAAUGUAACAAAGCAAUUGUAUCUUAAAGAAUUUUUGACACAUUGAAUUUGGUAUGUGAAGCCAUUGAAGCCGUACAUAUUUGUUGCAGCUGUUAAAAUCCUCUAUGCACAUAAAGGUUCUUGGGGAAAAUAGUUUUGGGGUCAGUAAUGGUAUGAUAUAACCAGGGGGACAGUAUGUUGCCAACCCUGUGGGACUACUAAUUGUUUGUGUAUAUAUAUAUAUAUAUAUAGAUAUAUAUGGUGGGUUUUUUGGUAUGUGUUUAACAAAUGCUCUUAAUUUGGGUUUUAAAUAGUGGUUCUUAACACCAGUUAACAAAAUUGUUUGUAAAUUGUUAUCUAUACAGUAGACUGUCUGAACUGAAUUCAAGUGUCACUGACGUACAAGUAUACACAGCUGUUGUCACUUGACAGAACUUUAGAAUCAUGCCGGUUUACACAGAAAUCCGGAUUAUAUAUAGCUGGGGCCUAAUUCACUAAACUCUUGCAACUUUGCGAUCUCACAGUGCAAUGCUAAAAGACUUGCAGAGGAUGCUUUGUUGUCUAGCAGAGCCUAAGAGACCUUAAUGAAUUAGGCCCCUGGUGUGGACAGAGUCCACUGUAAUAACACAAUUUUAAAAUUCCAAGGUCCGAUGACCCAAACUGGCAAUGUUAAAAUCAUGGUUCUCUCAAAAAAAAAAAAAAAAAAAAAAAAAUUUAAAAAAUGAGAACUUGCCAAGAUGUGUCAAAAUAGAAAGCUGCUGUUUAUUUAAAUUAUUAGUUAUUAUAUACAGGCUUCAUGGCAGAAAAUAAUUUUAGGGUAUGUAAUGAAUACAAAACGACCAUAAGUGUUACUAUUAGGUGGUUGUCAGUUUGAAAUGUUUUGAAAUUGGAUACUGUAUUUGACGAUUUUAAGCUGCAGUUCUCCUUAUAUAAUCUCUAAAAUGUAUCCAUUAAAUUCUGAAAUAUUAGUGCCCUUAUGUUGAAAACCUGGUAUGUCUCUCCCCCCCCCCCCCCUCCCCCCUCCUCCCCCCUCAAAAGUAAAUGAAUGGUGGACUGUUGCGUUGACCUUACAUUCUGGUUGGUGGCCCAUGAUUUAUAAGUUUGUUAUUACAGGAAAUGUUUACUAUAUCAUUGACCACACCCAGAAAUUCUAGUACUGUGAAACGAAUCCACCCCAGGGAUGUAUUUUCGUGAAAAUAAAACAAAACCGAUCUGUUUUGUGUCUGCACACUAGUCGUUAUUUUUUGAUAUUGUAAGACUGCAGAUCUUGUAAAUUUUCAUACCAAGUGUUUCAGUAAAAUUAUAUGUAAAUAUAUUUUUUAUUUGAUAAUGUUGGAUUAAAAAUGGCAAAUUGCAAUACCUCUUUCAGUGCUGCUGAAACUUUUUGUUAAUCUAUCUACUCUGAAUGGAAAUAACUGAAGGUGCUACAAAUAUUAAAACGAUUAAAAAGAAAAGAAUAUCGAAACAUGCAGACUUGACAGCAUGUAUUGUAAAUAACUUAAACCACCAUUGUAUGGUUUGGUAUUAAAAUUGCAGGAUACUGUUAAUAAAUUUGUCACACUG